AGCUUUUCUAUGCGGUGCAAUGCACUCAACAGGAAACACAGAUACAAUUACACGAUCUAGUUCAGAGCGGAUUGAAGAUGCUUCUCCUUCUGAGCUGUUGGAUUGUUGCAGCGAUCACAGCAGAGAAACCACCGGAGACGCACUACCGGGAGAAAAACGGUUCACUGUGUUUACGAGUUAAAAACUCACCACCGCAUCAUCAGGACAGGUGGCUCUUUAAUGAGGAAGCCAUCACUUUCUCUAACAACAUCACACCGAAGUAUAAAGAUAAAGUGUCUUAUUCUCCAAUCAACCACUCGUUGUGUAUUAACAAACUCACGGAGACAGACAGCGGCCGCUAUACGUUCUCAUUCCUCAAUUCUUCCUAUAAAAACUCAAAGGAAACCCACCGACUCAUUGUUGAAGAAACUGUCCCCACACCUGUCAUGAGGAUCUCGGCACUGGACUCCAACCUGUCUGCCGCUCUGUGCAACAUCACGGUCAACUGCUCCAUCGGGGAGGAGUGGGCGUGGUCGGUCUGUGACGUAGCGGGUUGCAGAACCUCCCAGAGGUCAAACAGGAAGGUCACCAUCAUCAACAUUUUCACUGACAACACGUCCGUCGUCUGCGGGGGCAAAAACCACGUCAGCGCGAGCAAUGUGUCUGAAAGCACGGAGGCAAUGUGCUUGAUAAAUCCUGAAGAGACAUCGCACCCCCCCUCUGUUGUGGUGGCAGUGCUGAUGUUUGCAGUGUGCGUGUCCCUGUGUGUCUUCGUCCUCUUGGGGGCCACGGGGCUCCUUCCCAGCGGAUGUAGUGGGCAUCAGGAGGGGACACCUGCUGCUCGGAUAGCACAGAGCCAGCAGGCGGAGGCCUCGCCGCCCCCCGAGUGGAGAGUCUCCACCUCUUCCUCUUCCAGCCAAGCCGAGGCCUGCUAUGUAAACGUGGAGGCCCCCCCGCCCCGCCAGACCAGCAGCCCCAUCGUGGGCCCGAGGGAGGAGACUGGGUCGCCUCAGGGCGAGGGUGAUGGCGGCGUGGGGACGGAAGGACACGGGGGGGAGCAAGAGGCGUCGGGCUCACAGGGUGCCCCCCCGGGCGAGGAAGACCACAUCAACUCUUUGUACAGUGUGUUGCAGGCGCCCAAAAGGUCCAGAUCCCCCCAAUAGAAGCUUUGAGGAGCCGGAGAGAUGAACAGAAUGAGGAUACGGACGUCCUUCUUCCACCUGAACCUGGAGAACACGAGCAGCUGAAUCUGAAAUGUCCUCAGAGGACCACAAGGGGGCGUCAGAGUGCCACAACCUGCACCUGCGAGUCCUCCUUUAGUCCGGGACUCGACCCGCUGUGGUUCUGUCCCAGGGGGCCAUGUCCAGGAGACCCGGGAGACACAUUGUAAAAAAAACCUGUGGCCCUCCCCGUCCACUCAAGGUUCACGUGCACUGUUGCAUCAAUGUCACAAUGACU